UUGGAAAUUCGAUCAGGAUUUCAGCAAAAUUACUGUUUCCAGCAAAAUCAUCCCACAGCAGAGCCGUACUCUCUUUGGGCGACCAGUCCAACCAAAGUAACCCAAUCGACUCCGAAAAUUCCCUCCGAAGUACUUCAAGAUCUCUCAUUCCGAUUUUUGGCGAACAUUCCAGACGAGGAGAAGUCAGACAAAGUUCGAAUGUGCUUCCAAGUGGAAUUGGCUCAUUGGUUCUAUAUUGACUUCUACUGCAAACAAGAAGAAGAAAAGAUUCAUUGUGAUGAGCUGGCACCCUAUGCAGCACACGUAGACCAAGUUAUUGACGAGUGGCGGUGGUACAAAUCAACGGUUCCUACAUAUGGAGCAAUCUUACUAGAUGAAACCCUAAACCACGUGUUACUUGUUCAAGGAUUCUACGCGAGCAAAAACAGUUGGGGAUUCCCCAAAGGGAAAGUCAAUGAGGGCGAGGAACCACGCAGUUGCGCUGUGCGCGAAGUUUUCGAAGAAACUGGAUUCAACUUUGGUGAUCAUCGCCCGCGAGGAGGAGAGAAGAAAUUGCAAAAAUUCCUUAAUGAGACUAUGGUUCGAUUGUACAUUGUACCAGAUGUGCCCACUGAUUUCCCGUUUGCACCACAGACUCGGAAUGAGAUCAGGAAAAUACAAUGGUUCAACGUGUGGGAUCUUCCCACUGACCGGAAUGAUCAAUUCCAUAAAUUGGGAAUCCUGUCCAAUCAUAAUUUCUACACUGUUAUGCCAUUUGUGCAAGAUCUACAAAAAUAUAUUGUGCGAGAGCAAGAGAGGAGAGCACUUGCUGCUGCCGAGAGUCAGAAACUGCGUUCCAAGAAUGUAAUGCCGACAUUCGGAGAAUCUCAUAAUAAAGCUUCUCAUAAUGUACCGUCAUCGGAUAUAUCAGCUGUAAUGGAUGCCCUCUUUUCCUCUUCAGUGUUUCCGAAUACGCCAGCAGCAGCACCACCACCACCACCUACCUAUGAUUCCAAGCGGUUGAUG